AUGGAUGUGCGCAUCCUGAAGGAUGAUGGUACAAGUCAGUGGUAUCGGGGUGUAGUCAUCCAGCAUCUGCUUCAGCAAGGGAGCUCUGGCACUGUACUGGUGCAGUGGGCGAAUGGUGACCCAGAUGAACUCUUGAACCUUGACAAGGAAGAAUGGAACAUGGUAGACGAGAAUGACGACGAGAGAUCUGAGUAUGAUUCUGACUUCUCUAUGUCCGAGGUAAAACAUGUACUUCAGUCGAUGGCAUUCUCCAAGGCAGGGGGCCCUGAUGGUGUCCCAAUGCAGGUUCUCCAGCAUCUCACGGACUCAGCCAUCCAGGAGUUGACACGCAUCAUCAACAUGUCUUGGACGUCAGGAAUGUGUCCCCUCCUCUGGAAGUCCAGCCGGCUGGUGCCUAUUCCAAAGUCAAAACCCGGAGCUUACCGCCCGAUUAGCCUAACUAAUGCAUUUGCCAGAGUUGCAGACCGACUAGUCACCAGGAGGCUAACUCACUUUCUAGAACGCUUCCAGGCUAUUCCGGGUGAGCAAGCUGGGUUCCGGACUGCAAUGAGUGCCGAGAUGCAGUGUUGCUCCUUUGUUGAGUGGAUCUCUCAACGUCAACAGAAUGGUGAUAGUGUCAACUGCGUGUUUUUGGAUGCCUCAGCAGCAUAUGACAACGUGCACCAUGACAUUCUCAUGGCCAGACUUGGAGCAUUGGACCCGCCUGCCAGGCUCACAAAGUGGAUCAAUUCCUUCAUUCGCGGCAGGGAAGUUGACACCAAGUGGGGGUCUACAGUGAGCAAGAAGAGAUCCAUCCACCGUGGUGUCCCGCAAGGCUCCUCGAUGUCUCCCGUCCUUUGGCUUCUGUAUAUGGCGCCCAUCUUCGAUGACCUAAAGCUGCCUAACCUAGCAAAGCACCGUGCGGACUUUAUGCCUUUCUUGUAUGCUGACGACAUCGCUAUCGCUGUCUCCAGCCGUCUGGUCGAGGCUCUCCAAUCUGUCACGCAGGAUCUGUUGAACCAUGUUGCCGACUUCUGCCGGCGCAGCUGUAUCACCCUGAAUGGCUCAAAAUCUGUGCAGGUUGUGAUAUCGACUUCAUAUGCCAUCCGCUGUGCUGCCAUCCCGCAGACCUUGAACGGCACACCUAUCCCUUCAGCUGAUUCAGCUCGCUUCCUCGGUAUAUUGGUCAACGCAACGAUGAGUUUUAAAGAACAGUGCCUCGCUGCACGCCGUCGCAUUGAACAACGCCUUCGAAUCGUGCGAGCUACGAGUGGCCAUAGCUGGGGCCUCAAUCAGCAAAACACCACUCGGCUUGUCAACCAGUACGUGCUCUCUUCUGGUCUGUAUGGGGCACCAGCCUACUAUGGUCUUGCCACCAAGCAAGGUCAGCAUCAUCUUGAUGUUGCCUACAAUAGCUGCCUCCGCCUCUCCACUGGGUGCACGAAGACAACACCUACGAAUCAACUACGUGAAAUAGCUGGUGCACCAACUAUCCAGCUGAAAGUCGAGCGCCAGGCGGCCUGUAUAGCUAAUAUCGCGAAGCGUCAUAGUGCUCCUACACCAGCUAGUGCCGUGUUGCAGUCAACAUACCCUGUUCGGAUCCGCAAAACCAAGGAGACAUGGAGACAAAUGGCAGAGCGGCAUCUUCCACCAUUCCCUGCACCUCUGCCAUCCCGUCCUCCACCCUGGUCCUCCGUUCCAAACCUAUCUGUUUUCAAGUCCGCUUGCACCCGGUCUGACCCUCCUACUGUACGACUUGUAGAGGCACUAGCAUGCCUGGAGGAAGCCUAUCGCUCCUGUUGUUCCUCGCGACGUCUAGACAUUUGGACAGAUGGCAGUGUCUCUGACACCAACGCUGGUGGAGGUGGUUUUCUUGUCAUGGAAACCACUGCAACCCAGCGGUCAGAGAUACUGUCUGGGUGUCUACCAGCUGGCGCUGUCGCAACAUCCUUCACUGCCGAAGUAGCAGCAGCAGCAGCUGGCCUGAGGGCAGUCUACGACCUUACCACCAUGGAGACGGACGUUGUGCUGGUCACUGACAGCCUCUCCCUCGUAGAUGCCCUCCGUGGAGACCCAUACAGGAUCAGCCCAGACACCAUUGCUGCGUUCGAUGCUCUGACAGAGGUUGCUCGGAAGGCUCAUUCCAUCAACCUUGUCUGGAUCAGCAGCCACUGCGGUGUUGCUCUCAAUGACAAGGCGGAUCGCCUUGCGCGGAAUGGAACACAGUGUGUACAGGCCCAGGUUCAGCUACCUAUCCAAGCUGCCAAGGCUUCAAUUCGGUCUGCAACCGCAUACCCCCGGCCAUUACUCAACACUAGCAAGUUCCGCAGCCCUCCGUCCCGGCAUGAGACCACCAUCCUCAAUCAGCUGCUCACUGGCCAUUGCAGCCUGCUGAAUAAGUACUUGUUCCAGAUUGAGGCGGCACCUUCACCCGACUGCACUCACUGUCCUGGAACAGUUGAUGAUGCUGCCCACCUCCUGCUAGCUUGCCCUGCCAGACACAGCAGUCGAGCAGGUACACGUCUAUGUACCUUCACAUCAGUCAGGGAGGCAAUUCUCACACAACCAUCAGAAGCUAUCCAGUUCUUGCAACUGGAGAAACUGAUCUAA